GGCGGCGGCGGCGGCAGCAGCAGCGGCCGGGGCCGUGGACAGCGGCGUCCCGCGCCCCGCGCGCCCCCGGCGGGCGGCGUAGCAGGGAGGAGGCACCGCCCCGGCCGUCAUUUCCGCCGUGUGUCGGGGUGGGGGAGGGGGGCAGAGCGCUCGCCUCCUCCUCCGCGGCGGCCGGAGACACAGAGACCCAGAGCGGGGCGAGGGGAGCUCAGCCGCCGCCGCGCCCGCGGGCCGCGCCGCCCCGCCAGCCGAGCCCUGCCCCCGCCCGCCGCAGCCGCCCGGCAUCCUUCCCGCCCCCCCCCCCCCCCCCCGCCCCGCGCCGCCCCGGCCCGGCCAUGGGGAACGCAGCCACCGCCAAGAAGGGCAACGAGAUCGAGAGCGUGAAAGAGUUCCUAGCCAAAGCCAAAGAAGACUUUUUAAGAAAAUGGGAAAGCCCCCCUCAGAAUACUGCUGGCCUAGAUGAUUUUGAGAGGCAAAAAACCCUUGGAACAGGAUCAUUCGGGAGAGUUAUGAUGGUGAAACAUAAAUCCACAGAACAGUAUUAUGCUAUGAAGAUACUGGACAAACAGAAGGUCGUCAAACUGAAGCAAAUAGAACACACACUGAAUGAGAAGAGAAUAUUACAAGCGGUGAACUUUCCUUUCCUUGUAAAACUGGAGUAUUCUUUUAAGGACAAUUCUAAUUUAUACAUGGUAAUGGAGUAUGUUCCUGGUGGUGAAAUGUUUUCACAUCUAAGAAGAAUCGGAAGGUUCAGUGAACCACAUGCACGGUUUUAUGCAGCUCAGAUAGUGCUAACAUUUGAGUACCUCCAUUCAUUAGACCUCAUCUACAGAGAUCUAAAGCCUGAAAAUCUUUUAAUUGAUCAGCAAGGAUACAUCCAGGUCACGGACUUUGGCUUCGCAAAAAGAGUAAAAGGAAGAACUUGGACGUUAUGUGGGACUCCAGAAUACCUGGCACCUGAAAUAAUUCUCAGCAAGGGUUACAACAAGGCAGUGGAUUGGUGGGCGUUAGGAGUGUUAAUCUAUGAAAUGGCAGCUGGAUAUCCCCCAUUCUUUGCAGAUCAGCCCAUUCAAAUUUAUGAGAAGAUUGUGUCUGGCAAGGUAAGGUUCCCAUCACACUUCAGUUCAGACCUAAAGGAUCUUCUAAGAAAUUUACUCCAGGUAGAUUUGACCAAACGAUAUGGAAAUCUCAAGAAUGGUGUAAAUGACAUAAAGAAUCACAAGUGGUUUGCAACUACAGAUUGGAUUGCCAUUUAUCAGCGAAAGGUAGAAGCUCCGUUCAUACCAAAGUGCAGAGGCCCUGGAGAUACCAGCAACUUUGAUGAUUAUGAAGAAGAAGAUAUUCGUGCGUCUCUAACAGAAAAAUGUGCAAAAGAAUUUGCUGAUUUUUAGUAGGAGUAAGAGGACAAGAUGACAUCAGGGCUCACAUUGGGAUCUUUGCACUCUGUUAACAGAUGAGGUGGAGCUGAGACCAUCAUAUGUCAAAACAGUUACCUAGUUACUUCAUUCCACAAAGCUGACUGAGGUCUUUAUUGCCAUCUUCCAUGUGUGCAGUUUGCACCAACCCUUCUAACUAGGCACAAUUAAGCAAGCACUGUUUGUGCAGUAACACAGAAUAAUAGACCACUUUCCUACUUAACUUUGGUUUCUGUCGUUCUUUGUUUCUGUGUAUUGUUCAUUUUCCCCCUUUAAAAUGAAGUAGUUUUUUACCCAAGAAUGCUCCAUUUUAUUUUGAAUAAUGUAUUAUUUGUGUGAGUGAAAUGGAAGGUGUUGCGGCUAGUGUGAUUUAGACUGAAGUGAAAGAUAAAUGUUGCUUCUAGUCUGUGCCAGCCAAUAAUUCUUGUCUGUCUUGUGUCUGAUGCUACAAUUUAUAAUAAUUUUUUAGUAGCUCAGACUAAACCUAGCCAACAUUUUUAGCAUUUUUGAAGGUAGUAUUUAUCGCCAUAUAAAUGUCUGCUAAAUUAACUUAAAAACAUUUCUUCCUGGAGACUGACCAAAAUUCAGUAGAAUCAAUUGGAUGGCUUAGGUAGGGGACAGUAGCUAGACCCCGUGCCUUGGUUUUCUACAUCCCUGCAGUUUUCGUCACCGCCUCCUUCCUUUGUAUUUCCCACCUAGGCAGGAGGUAAAUUGCCAUAACCAGACUGUACCAUGGAAAGCUUACAGUCUCAUGAGAGGGAGUACUUCCACCUGGUCUGGAUUUUGGACCAUAUGUAACCAAGUCAACUUACCAGCAUUUCAGUUGGCAGGUAUGAAAUGGCUUUUUUAAGAACAUGAACCCUAAACUCUUAAAGGAAGUUUUGGUCAGUAUUGUAGAGAAUAUGAUUCAUUUUGAUUCACAUUUUCUUUUUUGGUGGGGUUUUUUUUUGUGGGGUUUUUUUUUUUUAAGCUGAUGUUUGGGCUCCCAAAGUAUUCCUUGUUUUGGGCCUUUUUUGGUUAAAAAAGGUGUCCAUUAAAAUAAAAAACACCACACCACAAAAAGCAAAAUACGCUCUGCCAUUAGCUAUGAAAAACAAAUGGUUUAGCAAAUGCAAAAUAAUGUUCUAGAUGCAUCGCUGGAUGAACACGGUUAUUUUUUGUUAGUUGUUAAGAGUAAGAGGUUAUUGCCAAGUUUUUAUUCUGGUAUACUAUAUUAGUAAACUGAGGAUGGAGUACUGCUACAAUCAUUUUCGUUUUAAUUACAGCACUUCAUUCACGAAGAGACGAGACAAAGUUUAAAAACUGCAACAGCUGGGUUUAUUUUAGUUGCAUUGUGUCUUCAUUUCUAACCUACUUUCUUUCAAUCAAACAGAAUGUAUGGUCACACAGAUAAGAAGUAUUUGGGCUUAAUUAUGUUUUGUAUACUCUCACCAACUGACUUAAAAGAUAUUGCUACCAUGUGCUAGCUUUGGGCACUUUUACACAUUUAUUUCAAUGUUAAUAAUCAGUGGCUCAGCACUUUUUUGGGGGGUUGCUUUUAAACUUAUUCAUAGUAGUAUUAUUUGUACACUUGAUCCUGGCUGUCUCAGUGACCUGUCUUAAAACAGCACAUCUAAACAGUUUAAACUAGACUCAUAUUUUAUGAUCAAUUUACAUGCAUACAAGGAUGAAUUGUUUUUAAAAAAAACGAGCUAUAUUGGUACAUAGCCAUUGUAUUUGUUUGAAUGUCAGUGCAAGUAACCCACUGGCAUUCCUUCCUUUUAAUCUGUAUGACACUCCUCUAAGAAAAGCCUUUGUAGACAUUUUACAAAAGAGUAUGAAGCGUACCAUCCGACAUUCUGUAUGUUUAGGUUGUUGAGCAUUUUUGCACAACGUCAUUAGGAGGCUGACACUGAAUGCAGUCUUUGUCCACCCAUAUUUACAUAUGUGCAAGAAAAGUAUAAGAUACUUUGCUGUAGCAAAUUUUAUGUAACAAAGAUAUAUCGUCACAUUAAUAAAUUUAAAGAAAUCCUUUGUAUGAAAAUGUUAAAAUCUUUUGUAUUUCAUUUAGACCAAGGACAUGCUGCUGUAUGCUAGCUGUAUGCGAUAAAUUCUACAGUAACUUUGUUGUCGUUUAUGAACUUUAAAAGAUUUUAAUAAAUGUUGGAGAUCACAAUUUGAUUCUGUUAUGAUUUUAAUUUUUAAUCAUUACAUUUAUAACUCUAGUAAGGUUCAGAGAUUUUUCUGUUUUGUAAAAUACUGUAAUAAUUCAUCUUGCGUGUACAAUAAGACAAAAGUCUAGGAAAUUGGUUCUGACAUGUCUGUCUGAUAUCCAGAUUAAAUUCUACGUGGGCAUAAGUGGAAAAGUCAUCUUAAUGCCAUGAUAUUAUGCUACUUUUUAAUUUUAUGAAAAUCCUGUUAGAAAGUAAAAUACUUUUCCAAUAUGGCAUAAUAGACUUCAGUAUGGAAAUGAGAUUCUAUUUUGGAAAAGGAGGGGAAGUGUGCAAUUUCCAAGGCAUUAGUGAGUACAUUUGACAAUGUGAGUAUUAUACAACCCUCUCAUUUAAACACAGUCAUAAAAUAUAACUACAGAAUAUUAUGUUACCUGUAUUUAAUUUGAAAAAUCCUUUUCACAAUAUGGAAAAAUUGUAUAUCUAUGACAGUAGAAGCUUGUUAAUUUUACACAUUUGAGGAAUUAAGUGUUGAACUAUAUGGUAUAUUUUAAUUGUACUCUAGUUGUAUGUAACUUUCAUUUCCAACAUAAAGGAUUGUAUCUCAUUAAGUAAAUUGCUUUUUUAUUAUCUUGUCAGUUGCAUUAAAACCCUUAUUUUUAAAUCCUUUAAAGUAUUUUACUAAUUUUUGCAAAUAAUUAGAUGUUUUUAAGUGCUGCAAUAGUGUGCAAUAUAGUAAACAUUUAUAUACAGAAGUGCAAAUUAAAUUAUGUACAACACUUGUGCUGCUUCUUUGUGAAUCAGAAUGUUGUAUGACGAGAGCUGUCGCAUCUCCCCACACGCUGCAAACAGGGUUUGAAAGCAAGAGGAAAAGGUUACGAAACAUACUGCACACAGUAGUUGGGACCCGUUAAGCUUUACACUAACUAGGGCGUUUAGAGAAGAUGGUGUGGAGAGCGCUAAAAGCACGAUGAGAAGUCAGUGAGUUGGACUUCUUAGACAAUCAGAGGCAAGCAAGGUGAUUGUUAGCUGCAAUAUUGUUUGUCGUCUUCAUAUUUCCACAUUCAGACUCGAUGCUUUUUAUUAAAGGUAAUUGCCUGUUUUUAAACUGUCUGCAGAUCCACUGUACAAACUCUGUGCUGUGUCUCAUUGUGCUGUGAAACAACUGAUAGAAGUAAAGACUGUUCAUGGUCUUGGCA